AUGCAACAGACAGCUAGAACAAGUAAAAAGAAGAAGAACCCUCACCUGUUUGACCGGGAUCGGGCUGCGGAGACGGCGGCGCAACGACGGAAAAAACCGGAGAAAAACCAGUCGUUAUUUCCGGCGGGAUUCGAGUUUUCCGGUGGGGAAAACUGGUGGUUCUGGUUCGGGGCUUCGAGAGGAGUCGAUCGGGACCGGUCUCGUCAGAUGGGGUGGCCGGAAGUGAGAGAAUCUAAGAGAGAGAGUGAUUGGAGUCGAGAGUGA